AUGGAAAAUCAACCCCUUGUCCAGCCGGACUUUAUUAGUCGACUCGGCACUUCUAAUGAGGAUACUAUUGAGUACGAGUACUCAAUACCUUUACCAUUGCACUUGCAGACUUCACAAUUUGACUUUGCAAUCAAGCCCAGAGUCAGUAUACACGCUGCAAUCGCGGAUGAAGGAUGUCAGGCUGCAAGAGAUGACUGGGAGGCAAUGGGUGGAGAUCUGAUUGCUCACGGAUGUAUGCGUGAAGAAUCUUUCUUGAAUUUCAUCGCAGUCGUUAUCCCCGAGGCUAUCCCAGAGAGAAUAUGGGCUGCAUCAUAUGCUUCUGAUGUGGGAUUCAUACAUGAUGGUCCGUCCGCCUCCAUUCUCUAUAGUUAA